AAUCAAGCCCCGUCUUCACCGCAAUCCGCAAAAAAAUCCAUAGCCAGUUUUUUUAUCAGCGCAAGACCUAAAUGUAAACCAUGAGUGCUGAUAACGGUAAGAAGCUGUUCGUAAAAAGUUGCGCGCAAUGCCAUUCCGUGGAAUCGGGAGGGAAGCAUAAAGUCGGUCCGAAUCUCAACGGACUCUUCGGCCGCAAGUCGGGAUCGGCGGCUGGCUUCAGCUACUCUGAUGCUAUGAAGAACAAGGGGGUAACGUGGAACGAGGCAGCGCUGAACGAGUACCUGGCGAACCCUAAGAAGUUCGUUCCUGGCACAAAAAUGGUAUUCGCGGGGCUGAAGAAACCGGCGGAUGUGGCUGAUCUCGUCGCUUACCUUAAGACUGCCACGAAAUAACAGUAACAGAAAUUUUGAAUAAGAAAUGUAAUCUAUUUGAAUAUUUAAGUACCGUAAGGGUUCUCGACCCGGCCUUUAAUAAACAUUAUUUACAUUAAACAGCUUCCUUCAGCCGCGUACGUAACCGGUUCGUAACCAGUUGCGAUCGAAGAUUUGUUUGACCUUGUUCGAAACCAGUUACGUUCUAAGAGAUUUUAUUCUUUGUAAGAAACCAUUUUUACAAAAUCACGUUUCGACGGAGCCCCGCCGUGCGGGACUUUUAGUUCUUUGCUCUUUGCCCUUCGGGCGUCUAAAGAUACCCAACAAACCUAACCUACCUAUUGUUUUGCAGUGAAUAAAAACUCUUCUUUCAUAACUGGCUCAGCAUCGUAACGAUCUGGCGGUUACGUACGCGGCUGAAGGGAAACCGCUAUGGUUAUUGCUUAAUAAGUGUUCUAGUCAACGUUUGGCACUGUUGAGAAUUUUACGGUACUUGAUGUGAUUACUAUAGUUAUCUUAUGCAAGUCACAAAUCAUAUGCAAAUGAUAUUUUUACGAUUAUUCACGAAGUUUAAAGAUUUAGGUCGUUGAUGAUUAGGUAUAUUAGUACUCAUACCUACCAGACUUAACAAUUGUAUAUUUACAUCGAAUACAAUCCAUUUUGCUUG